CCUUAAAAAUAAUAUUCGUACAGGGGCUCCAUGUGAUUGCCAGUACCCCUGUGAUAAGGUUUAAAGUCAAUGGCAAGACCCUAUCCGGGACACUAGGGGGCAUAAACAUCUUAGGGGUCCCCGGAAUUAAAUCUUUGCGACUACAACAACAUCUUAUCUCAGCCCUACCAUUAGAAAUCCUGGAGAUGGAGAGGCACCGACCAAUCGUCAAGAACCCGACGUCGUGGCGAUACAAGCCGAUAGGGACAAAAGAGCAUCUACGGACAUCCAUUGAAAAACUGCUACAAAGCCUUCAACAUCACGGCUGUAUAACAGAGGUGAAAUCUUCCACUUACCUCUCACCCGGGUGGGGCAUACCAAAGCUGGAGAGGCCAUCAGAGGCCCAGCUAGUGGUUGAUUACCGGCAGGGCAACCGCCGAUGCACCUUACUGCAAAUGCCUGCAAAUCAUACGAUCACAGAAAUCAUACAAGCCAUUACAAAGGCCCAGACGGGGGGUGAAUGGUGGGCAGUAAUGUUAGAUUUAAAGGAUAUGUUUUAUUCAGUCCCAAUAAUAGACAACCAAGGAAUAUUAAAUAUGUGUGUCGGUGGCAAGAUAUACGGAUGGAAUGUAUGCCCACAAGGAUACCAAAAUUCCCCAGCUCUUGCAACUGCUAUGAUGAAUAAUAGCAUCCAAUCUUUCAGAAAUAUCUAUGCAGGCACACAAGAAAUCAACAUCUGGACCUAUGUAGACGAUGUAGCAAUAAUGGGAUGUCACCGAGAAGCCAUAUACUAAGCAGCCAUGAACCUAAGGGCCCAUCUGUGGAGAGAAGGUUGGAAGAUAAACGAUGAGAAGUCCAUGAACGAACCAGCUAACAGCUUCAUGUUCCUGGGAACUCAUUUUGAAGAUACCCUUUAUUUUAACGGGCAAGUCAUCCUCAGCCUGUCGUCUAGCAGCCUACCUGGGGUCACCAAUAGUGCAAGAAUGGUGACAACUUUCACCACCAUCCACCUGUUCCUGCUCCUAAUUCAAGCAACACCAGAGGCGAGCACUGAGGAGGACCCACUACAUCGGAACUCUGUGCUCCAGAUGAUUGAAAUCUGGGCGAAUGCCAUCGGCCCGCAUCCAGAGGGGGUAACCGCUUGCAUCCCGAAGCCCGCAGCAAUCAAGGACAAUGUUCUAGAGGCGUAUGUUACUCCCCUUGAUAUUGCAAAAUGGUUUUCUGAGGUACGAGGACCAUUGUGUGGAACCUCUAUUUGUGGAGUCAAUGGUCCCAUACCUUGCCCAGGUUGCCAAAUAGUUUCUUUUCACAACUAUACACACAUAAGCAGGGGUAGAAUGACGACGUACUACUGGCCGUCAGGUCAAAUAACAAAGAAGAACAUCUCUAGCCUAAACUGUAGGAGCGGGGGACUAGGGAGUAACAAAGUAGAGCCAAUUGAUUGUCAUCGUAUCCCCUGGGGGGCUCGGAAGUGGGGCACCGAUGAAGAUCAAGUACAAUUCCUACCAUGGCAAGCCCAUAGUCUCCAGCCUUCAUGGUUCCUUUUCCUUAAUAGCACUCCUAUGCCAGAGGGAGGGUGGAAUGUAAGCAGAGGGGCAAAUCUCACUAUUUUCGACGGGAAACAUCAGCUGCUAAGUGCUUUCUUCCCAUUGAGACAAGCGGAAGCGCGGCAUUUAGAAAGCCGCAACCUAACACACCCCUACUGCCCACCUAGAAUCCAGGUCCCUUGGUGUCGUAGAAAGGGGCUACCGACCAAUGCACCCCGAGGACUCAUGUGGGCAUGUAACAACGGUGUACUAUAUACUGCUUUACCUGCUCACUUUGAUGGGGCUUGUUUAAUUGCCAGUGUGGAGCUCUGCCCACCUCUUGCCACAAACACUUCCAACCCAAACACUCCCUGGUUCGCACACGCUGAGGCCAGAGGAAAACGCUCCGCCACCACUUGGUCCAGAAUGACCUAUAGCCAACAAGUAGGCAAACGUUUUGAAUGGGUAACGGAAGGAUUGUUCGUGUGGUAUGUAGGAAUCAUGAGAGCCCGGGAGGCCAUUGUAAAAUUAGCAGAGGAAGUAGAAAUAGGCUUCAACGCCACCAAUGAAGCUCUAUUCCUACUAAAUAAGCAGUUACAAGAAACCUCAAGGAUGACUAUGCAAAAUCGACUUGCCCUGGAUGCUAUGUUACUUCAUAAUGGAGGAGUAUGCAAAUAUCUAAAUUUAUCUGAUGAGUAUUGCUGUAUUUCAAUUCCUAAUGUGACCAUACUGCUAACGGCUCAACUGGACUUAAUUAAAAAGGCCGCUAAAGGAGCUAAUGCCAUAGUGAAAGUAAGCAGUGGUUGGCUCACGGACCUUUUUUCCAGUUUUGGUUGGAGUUUUUCCUCGUUAGCAAUGCGCAUACUCGCCCCAUUAUUAACCCUGUUAAUACCUCUAUUCAGUUGUUUACUGUGUGUUUGAGUAGGAUGUUGUGUCGUUGAUUCAAUCAAAAAGAAGGUCAUAACACUAUCAGCCUUAGUUUACACUCAAAUACCUAAUCCUUCCGAAGACGAGGACUUUGAGUGUGUUUCUAUGACCAGUAUUAGAUACAUUAACGAUGUAUCCAUGUUUAAUCAUAUAACAAUCUGGCAGUAGUCAAGGGGGCAUGUCAGGAGGUAAUGUGACUCCACCAGAUUGUUGUGUAAGACAUUAAGUGACAUGACUACCCGUGACUGGUAUUCGGUGAUGCAGUGGCAGAGGAAUGUUACCUUAAUCUGCACUAUCAUGCGGACAGUGAGUGAUCGCUAGUAGCCUAACCAAUCAGAAGUUGCCCCUAGAGCGUGACUGGCCGGACCAGCAUGCUGAGGCCUCCAGAAUGUUCCAUCAAGGGGGAACCCUGAUUGGCUAGGGAGUCUAUAAAGGGGACUGCGCACCUCAGCGUAAGGUCCCCAGAUGCUCCCGAACUCAGGAAGACAGCCUGAUCACCUGUCUUGUCUGGACAGACCCCUAGGCCUCUAGCUAGAUUCCUAGCAUAGGCUACCACAGUUUAUAGCUAGACCAUGUGCAAUCUGGAACGCCCUGUGUGUUGCCCAACUAGGCAUCAUACUUGUACUGAUAGUAUUUUCGGCUGCAGUCAACCUUCAUGAUUCCGCUACCCAUCAUCUGUUCCUUCUCCGCACCACGUCGUCUGUGUCCACCUGCUACUGUAAAUAGUCCUUGUAAUUAGUUCCUGCAUUCAUCAACUCGUUAAUCAUCUUGUUGGUUUGUAAGUAAACUUAUGAAUUUUCUUCACCUAUUAGUUGUCGCGCUUUUUCCUCUCUCACACUUGGCAUC